AUGGUCGGUUCCCGGUUUUUGGUCUUCGUUUUCGUCGUCGUCGCCUUCUACUCGAAUUCCCUAAUUGCCACUGAUAUUGACUUGAAUUAUUUUAAGGAGGAAGAUGCCAUUAUCGACAAGUUCACCGGCGAAGGCGAAUUCCGUUCGAUGGAGGACAUGGAGAAGCUCGUCGGAUCGUUGCCGGAAAUCCCGAAUUACAAGCACUACAACUACGAGGAGAUGGUCAAAAAUUUGCAGGACAUGGCCAACGCGUUCCCAAAACUCACCCACCUCUACUCGAUCGGCCGUUCCGUGGAGGGACGUGAAUUAUGGGUGCUCGCCAUCUCGCGCAACCCAAAAGUCCACACAUUCGGCGUCCCGGAAGUCAAGUACGUCGCCAACAUGCAUGGUGAUGAGACGACGUGCCUGAACUUGAUGCUCUGGCUCGCCUGGACGCUGCUCAAUGAGGCCGAGCGGAACCCGUGGAUUGGGCAGAUGCUCGAUCGGACAAGAAUCCAUCUGAUGCCAUCAAUGAACCCGGACGGUUGGGAACAGUCACUGCGCAAAGACCCGGUGCGUCGUGGUCGCACAAACGCGCAUGACGUCGACCUGAACCGGAACUUCCCUUCAAGGUUCCCGCUCAAGCCAAGGCCUGCCCCGGAGCCCGAAACAUUGGCGGUCAUGCGCUGGUCGCAGGAGAUCCCGUUCGUCUUGUCGGCGAAUUUCCAUGGAGGAACCGCGCUGGUCAACUACCCGUGGGACGACUCGGACGUGAUCCAGUCGGGCAGUCGCUAUAACCCAUCUCCCGACAAUGCCCUCUUCGUCCGCCUCUCCUACACGUACGCGCGUGCGCACGAGCGGAUGUGGAAACCGGGUCCACGCUGCGUCACCGAGGACCAGGAACACCCCGCCGACCCGAAGCGCGGCAUCAUCAACGGCGCCUACUGGUACAUUGUCAGCGGUGGCAUGCAGGACUGGAUCUACCUGCACACGAACGGCUUCGAGGUGACGGUGGAGACGAACUGCGUCAAAGACUCGCCAAAAUCAGACCUACGCCGUUUAUGGAUCGAGAACCGCUACGCCCUCCUGCACUACAUCCACGCGGCGCAACACGCAAUUUCCGGUCGCGUCUACGAUGAGGAGACGAACGAACCCCUUCCGGGUACCCUGAUCCGUGUAGAUGAACAAGCGAAAUCGGUGACUUCGUUUGAAGGCGGUGAAUAUUGGCGGCUGCUAAACAUUGGGGAGUACGAGGUUCUCUACACGCACCCCGGCUACACCCCCGUCGUCAAGAAGGUCAAGCUGACCCGUGACGCACGAAGCCAGCGUAUCGAUGUAGCCCUUCGGAAACUUGGAGACUCGACGGAAAGCUCGCCCAACCCGUCGAUGGACCAAUGGCUACUAGAAGUUCUCCCGAAGAAGAUCGCCAAGGCGGUCAAGCUCGUCACCAACGAACUCGGCGGCGCCGUCAGCACCCUGACGUCGCUGUUCUGC